UGUAAUUCGGCCAAUCACCAAGUAUAUUUGAUGUGCGGAUAUCUCUUCAUCAUGGUAUAUAAAGUCAAACACUUCUGCAAACAGACAUCAUUCACUGAUAUUCACUGAUCAACAGAGUCACAAUGGCAUUCAAGUUCAUUACCCUAUUCGCCCUUGUGGCCGCAGCAAAUGCUGGAUUUGCACCACUUGCUUAUGCUCCAGCCUAUGCUGCUGCACCAGCUGCAUCAGUAGCUUAUGCUGCACCAUCAGCUCAUUUGGCUUAUGCUGCACCAUCAGCACACUUAGCUUAUGCUGCUGCACCUGCUGCAUCAUAUGCUUAUGCUCCAUCAAUCGCCAAAGUAGCUACUCCAGUUAUUACCAAACAAGUUGAUCAAGAAUUCGACCCCCAUCCACAAUACAGCUACAACUAUGAUGUUGCUGAUUCAUUAACUGGUGAUCAAAAAAGCCAACAAGAAACACGUGAUGGUGAUCGUGUUCAGGGUAGUUAUUCUCUUGUUGAAAGUGAUGGAACAAAAAGAACUGUUGAUUACACAGCUGAUGAUGUCAAUGGAUUCAAUGCAGUUGUACGUAAAGAACCAGCAACUCAAGUCGCUGUUAAAGUUGCAACCCCAGUUUACCAAGCAGCACCAGCUCUUGUAAAAACUGUUGCACCAGUUGCCUACCAUGCUGCUCCAGCACCAGUUGCAUAUCAUGCUGCACCAGCACCAGUUGCAUACCAUGCUGCACCAGCACCUCUUGCAUACCAUGCUGCUCCAGCACCACUUGCUUAUCAUGCAGCACCAGCACAACUUGCCUACCAUGCUGCACCAGCAGCAUCACUUGCAUACUCUUCACCAGUAUACAAAACAGCAGCUUAUGCACCAUUGGCUCAACAAUACGUUCAAUACCAACAUUAAAUUAUUAUAAUUUUUUAUUAUCUUCGAUUUUUUCAUAAAUAAAAAAAAUGUUUGAUAUCUAGAAA